AAUUGGGGCUUCCAAACUACACCGGGAGAAACAGAAUCAUAGUUCGGAAUGCAAACGAAUGCCAAGAAUGGUCUGUGACUCAAAUGACCAGUCAAAGACAAACAAAUACUCGUGGCUAGACUCAUGGCUGCAGCAAACAUUGACUCAUUGAGGUUAAGGGGGCCGGAAGACUGGCCUUUCCACCUCCAUAAGACUGUAACUUGAAAACGUCCAUUUGCCACAUCAGAAAGCGCAAUAUGAGGUCAGCAUCUGGGCUGAGGGCAAUUGCUACAUUCAGGAGGUGGUGGCAGUAUAAGGAGGAGGAAUGAAGAAGACCAACAUGUGUCAUCCAGAUUCCAGUUCAGGACCUAGGUAUACAAAUACCAAGGCGACUCCAUUCCUGCCUUCAAAAUGGCAAAUUACUCACGUAAUCGAGAGAGAGGGUGGUGUGUAAAGGACACAUAACUACUGACUUUCAUAGCAACGUGAUAAUGCUAGAUUAUGUGACCCUUUUCAACCCUGUAUCCCUAGAACAAAGGACUGUGCCUCGCAAAUAUGUGCUCAGUAAAUACUUGCUGAAUGGAUAAAACGGAGUUGUAUAGGCACAGAGAGGGCAACUGUGACGUAAUGGAGUUGUAAAAAGCGUCAAAGAGGAGGUACUAUUUGAGCUGUUUUGAAGGAUGAAUUUAAUCCCCGGGUGAAAGAGGAAUAAAAACAUCUCUGAAUUUACCUCUCUUCCGAGAAAUAUGUACUCGUUCUUUUUUUAUCCUGGAUCCAGAGGAGCAAAGCCUACCCUGCUUAGAGGGGGUUUAUCACCACAAUCAAGCAUCAAAUGGGCCUGAGGGCAACUGUGAAAAGUUCACUUGAAAUGUGCAAACUCACCUCCACUGUAAAAAUCUGCCUCUGAAUAAGUUAUAUGGAAACUAUGCAUCUUUUCAAAACUUUCAUGAGCCAGUUUUCUCCUGGAGCAAUUUUCCUCUUUUGUUCUUCAAGAUGGCCAUAACAGACGUUACAGCGUGGGCUGUAAGCGGGAGAAUAAAUAAGGUGUUCCAACCUUCUUCCGGAGUUAGCGACAGCGAUUCCGAUUUGAGCCCCGCCCCCUGGAGCCUGCGGGCGCUCGAUUGGUGGACGAUUCUCUCCAGGUGAGGGCCAACGCGAGAGUGGGCGGAGCCAGGCAAGGCACGUGAUUCUCCGGAGACUGGUGUGCCGGACCCCGGCCACCGUGUCGGCUCCUGGCUGUCGCGUUACCGGACAUCCCCUGAAGAGCUGCCAUGUCUGGGAAUUCUGCCCCUUCCUCAGAACAGAACAACAACAACUAUGAAACCAAAACAAAUCUACGAAUGUCAGAGAAGAAAUGUUCUUGGGCAUCCUACAUGACCAACUCCCCGACCCUCAUUGUUAUGAUUGGCUUACCAGCCCGGGGCAAAACCUACGUGUCCAAGAAACUCACACGCUACCUCAACUGGAUUGGGGUGCCCACCAAAGUGUUUAAUCUUGGGGUGUAUCGGCGUCAAGCGGUCAAGUCCUAUAAAUCCUAUGACUUCUUCCGGCAUGACAACGAGGAGGCCAUGAAGAUACGCAAACAGUGUGCUCUGGUGGCGCUGGAGGAUGUGAAGGCGUAUCUCACGGAGGACAGUGGGCAGAUUGCGGUGUUUGAUGCUACCAAUACCACUCGAGAGAGGAGGGCCUUGAUUCUGAACUUUGCCGAGGAGAAUUCCUUCAAGGUGUUCUUUGUGGAAUCUGUCUGCGAUGAUCCCGAUGUCAUUGCUGCCAACAUCCUGGAGGUAAAGGUGUCGAGCCCUGACUACCCUGAAAGGAACAGGGAGAAUGUGAUGGAGGACUUCCUAAAGAGAAUUGAGUGCUACAAAGUCACCUAUCAACCCCUUGACCCAGACAACUAUGACAAGGAUCUUUCUUUCAUCAAGGUGAUAAACGUGGGCCAGCGAUUUCUAGUGAACAAAGUCCAGGACUACAUCCAGAGCAAGAUCGUCUACUACCUCAUGAAUAUCCAUGUCCAUCCUCGUACCAUUUACCUUUGCCGGCACGGAGAGAGCGAGUUCAAUCUCUUGGGAAAGAUUGGGGGUGACUCAGGCCUCUCCGUGCGGGGAAAACAGUUUGCCCAGGCUCUAAGGAAGUUUCUGGAGGAACAGGAGAUAGCAGACCUCAAAGUGUGGACAAGUCAGUUGAAGAGGACUAUCCAGACCGCUGAAUCUCUGGGGGUGACCUAUGAGCAGUGGAAGAUUCUGAAUGAGAUUGAUGCUGGCGUGUGCGAGGAGAUGACUUAUGCGGAGAUUAAGGAGCGGUACCCAGACGAGUUUGCGCUUCGAGAUGAAGAGAAAUACCUGUAUCGAUAUCCUGGAGGGGAGUCGUACCAGGACCUGGUGCAGCGGCUGGAGCCUGUCAUCAUGGAGCUGGAGCGUCAGGGCAACGUCCUCGUCAUCUCCCACCAGGCUGUCAUGCGCUGCCUCCUGGCCUACUUCUUGGACAAGGGUGCAGGCUGCAAAGUGGAAACAAUUAAACUUAACGUGGAGGCUGUGAACACUCACCGUGACAAGCCAACUAACAACUUCCCCAAGAACCAAACCCCUGUAAGGAUGAGAAGGAACAGCUUUACGCCUCUGUCCAGUUCGAAUACAGUAAGGCGUCCAAGAAAUUACAGUGUUGGGAGCCGGCCCCUCGAGCCCCUCAGCCCUCUCCGUGCCCUGGACAUGCAAGAAGGGGCCGACCAGCCGAAGACCCAAGUCAGCAUUCCGGUGGUGUAACCGUGUGUCUCCCUCCCAUCCUGGCCUCCUGCCCUUGUCACUAAUCACCAAGGAGUCAUUUAACUUCCAGCUCCCACCCCCCCACCCCCACCCCCACCAGCCCCACACUGUGGAUCUUAGCAGAGAAUGUGAGGUCCCGUGUUUCCAGACCAACCCUAGCUAGUGUACGGUGUGAGACAUCUCCCCGCCCAGGGGCAAGCUGGCGAGUUGGGUGUUUUAGGACAGGUCCUCGGUUGGGGGGGGUCUGGAGGAGGAGAAAAAGGGAUCCAGUCUCCUGGGGUGAUUGGCAGAGCUGGGGCUGAGGCUGAGCACGCCGUGGUUCUUGUCCAUCCACAGUGUCUAAACUCACUAAUGUCCUUGUGUUGGUAAAGUGGGGGCAGGGUGGAGGGGGACACAGAAGCCCAUUUGCCCUCCACCUUUGUCUCUUCCAGGUGUGCUUUACUCACAGUCCUGACCUGCCUGCUUUCUUCCCCCCUCUCGUGUCCCCUUUGGAUUGCCCAGUGUGAUGCAUGGCAUUGCUGUGUGUCUGUCUAGGAGGGAAGGGGCAGUGGGUGGGAGAGAAGUCUGCCCUCCAUUGACGUUCUCUGCAGUGGGCCUAGAUGGAUCUGGACUGGGGGAGCCUUUCUUUUCCCUUCUCCCUUCCUCUCAAGCCAGGUCCUACAAGGGUCAGCCCAGGCUACAGAACAUCCACAGAUGUUCUAGAGACUGCAGGUAGACAUAGGAUGAGAGUUCUUGCCUCCUUUCCUGAGAAACAAUCCUCAAGUCUUCAGUACCCUGGGGGAAGCUGGCUUUCAGCCUGUGUGAAAUACCUUGGUUUGUAUUUUUCAGACAUAGGUCUCUGGGCUGCAGAGGUGUGAGGUCUCUGGGCUGCAGAGGGGUAAGGUUUAGGAGAGUAGGCUGGCCUCUAGCUCUUACAGGGCUCUUGGAGGAGUGUCAUACAUUUUCUCCAUUGGUUCCUGGCUUCUUUGCCAACUACAGGAACUUUCCUGCCAAAGCCGGUGACCUCCAGGACUGUUGAGAAGGACAGAGUGAGAUUUAGGAGUCACCACUGAGGUUUGAAUUGCUCAAGGGAAAGGCAGAGAAGAGUUCACUAGAGCUGCUAGUGAACUAGUAAUUUUCAACACAUUCUAGUAAUUCUCAACACAUUCUCCUUUUUAAGUCAAAACAUGUUCUGCGUGAGCAGUGUUUUUCCCCAGAUAUUGGGAAAGCCUGGUGAUAAAUUAAAUCUCCCUCACUAGGGUAUUAAUUUAUAUCAUCUUGGUGUCUAGAGUAGUCUUAGAAUCCUGUGGGGUCUAGCUGUUGACUGUUUACGCAUUUACUUGUGUCAUUUUAUUUUUUUCUGCAAGGUUAUGUUUAGAGUAGGGAUUCUUAGCCCCUUGGUGGCCCACGAUGGUAUACCUUCCCCAAUUUUGUAUACAAAAUACAUGAAUAUACGUAUGUGCAUUUUUCUGAGAGGCAAGUCUAGAGUUCUCAUGAGAUUUUUAAAAGAGAGAGAGGACUCCGUACCUUAAAGUUAUCCAUCUGUCUCUUAGAGGUGACCAGUGAGAGCAAGUUAGCUAUUUGCCAGGGAUGUUUCUGUUUGGUAAUAGGAGGCCUUUUGUUGUGCUUCUCAUCUAGGAAUCUUCAUUAGAAUCCCCUAUAGAACUUUUGAAACAUGCACAUGCCUGUGUCCACUCUAGGCUUAGUUCUGACUCAGUCUCUGGGGUUAGGGUCUGGGCAUGCAUGUGUUUAAAUAGCUUCUCUGAUGAUUCUGAAUCAUACUCCAGGUUAGAACUCUAUUUUGUGUUGUUGGGUGGAGAAACAGUAGUUCCUUGGACUAAGCGUCAACCUGGGAAUUCUGAAUUCCUCAUGGUUUUGAAAGGACAGUUCCCUGGAGUUAGAUGUGUGAGCAGAAUGAAUUUUUUGAAUGAAGUUACCCCCUCAUUGUUACUUCAGGCAGCAGCCUGUUCUGGCUUUAACACUUUACAUUGCAGGGUGAUGUGGACCAAAUCACUAUGUCGUAUAAAUGUCCUAUGAUAAUAGCUGAGAAUUUUAAGCACCCUGGAGAGAGGUACUGAGAUAAAACUUGUGGGAUGAUAAAGGUUAUCAUCACAGGCAGCUGGCUUGUGACCUUGAGUCCUUUAUUCCUACAUCCUGAGUAGGACAUCACAGCCAAUCUCAAAGGCCACUUGCCUAGAUUCUGCUCUAAAUUGCCUUCCAGACAUAAGGUAACUUCCUGUUCCUGUUUAGCCAUUAUAUAAUGUGUACCUAGUGUCCAUGUUUGUGGGGCUUUGGGCUGGGUGGAGUGGUGGUGGGAGAAGGAGACACCAAAGCAGCAGAAAAGGUCCUUGCCCUGAAAAAGUUAUUUUAGAGAAAGAGCAUAUAAUUUGUAAUAAAUGAACAUUUGUGAAAGAGCAACACGUUGAGUCUGUAAAUGUGGACGUCGAAGUGGAGUAGAGAUUCCUUCUGACUUUUUUCUUGUCCUACAUGUAUGAGACUAAAAGGGUUGGGAGGUGGGAAUGUCCCCCAGAAUGAUGUGGUCUAGGAGGUGUGUGUGUGUCACUUUUACAAGGUUGUCUUGUCUAGCUUUGCUUGGCUGGUGGCAUCUUUAGCCCAAAUGGGCAUUCAGUCUUUUCUCUUGCUGUGAGGUGAGAGUGAUUCAGAACUAAUGCAUGAGAAGGAGCAUUUUGAUCCAAGAUUUGGCUUUGGGCUGUGCGUACUCCUAGCGAGAAGAGAAUUCUCUAGCAAACUAGCAUUGUUUUACCUUGUUAUAAACCCCUGCAUUAGACACAGGGCACUGGGAUGUUCAUUUGGGUUCUCAGCCUGCCGAUAUUUUGCCAUUCUCCCCAUGUGUUAGUUUGCUUCCCCAAGAAGAGGAGUGAGGUGGUCUUAUAAUUCUCAGAUUGGACAUGAGAAAUUAGAACUUGACAACAGCAAGGAUUUCAGCGUUGUUUGGUUUUUAGAGCAAGGUCCCUCCAGAGAAGUUUCAGCAGAAAGGAGCCAGGAGAGCAUAGAAUAGAAGAGAGCUCUUAUUCUACCUUUUAGAGUAUUCCUGUUCCCUAUCUUUUCUUUCCUGUCCUCCUCUCCCCUUUUUAUUUGAGUGUGUGUCGGUAGUAUAUACACGUUACUCUGAUUAUGUAUUUAUCACGAAUGCUAGUAAGAAAGGAUGAACUCCCGAGUACCUUUUGCUGAGGCUUUCAGCUGUGUUAUGGGAGAAAUAGGUGAAGGCUUUAGCAUUUAAUCUACUGGUAGAAAAUUAGGAAAGGAAAACAAUCACUGUAUUAUCUUUGAUAAUCACUGAUUAUCUUUUCCCUGCUUUAAAACUAAAUGAGGAAUUGCGUGACAGAUGUGAAGAGGAAUCUAAAGCAGAUUUAGACAACUAGCUUCUCUUCCUAUAUCUUAAUCCUUAAAUUGGAAUUUAGCUCUUAUUUAUUAUCUGUAUUGUUUUUGCUUUUGUUUUGGUAAGGAGAUUGUUUUGCAUUCAGUUGGAAAGUAGAAUAAGAAAAUCUGUUAAAAACACGCAUUGUGCCAGGGGUCUGCCCCAUAUCCUUAUCUCUGGUUUUUGUUUUUUGUGUUUUUUUGUCCAUCCCCCACCCACCCACUACCUCCCAAGAAGUUAGGUUUAGGAGUGCAAGAUAUUUGUAUCCUAGACUGAACGGUUGAGUGUUUCCUGUGAGGAUCUGGGUGUUCCUCUUUGCAACCCACAUUUGAUCUUCAGAGACACUGGCAUUUUGAAGAAACAUGAUACGGCUGUUUGGAAAUAAAUCCAUCUUAUGGUGUAUCUGUGAGUAGAAGGUCUGAGUACCAGAGAAACUCACUGAUGCUUGGGGUAGCCAAAGGACAAGGGGAAUAAGUGCCUAAUAAUUGAGGGAACUCUAUCUGGGUUGUAUAGUCUUAUGCACAUUCCAUUGUCUUUGUUAAGCCCAGAGGCCAUGUUGUGUUUGUUUUCCAGAAAUUUGAUAACUUUACAUAGGUUUUCCGGUAUACAUUUUGACUUGUGUUUUAAAAUAUUUUACUUUGAAUUAAAUAAUUUUAUUGGAAUUAAAUAUUUUAAUUUGAAUCAGGUUGCAACAUUGGCAGGAUUGAUCUCUGACUUCCGAUCGAGGUGACACAGACAUCAGAAGUAUGUCCAGGAAUUUAAUUUAGACUCAUCAUGUCCAGAACACUGUAUCUAGAAUUAUCUAUGUGCUGACUGCCUGACAGAGUGUGGUAGGGUCUGCAUGCUGCCUGACAGAUUCUGGUAGGGUCCCUAUGCUGACUAACCAACAGGCUCUACUAAGAUCUGUAAGCUGACAAGUCUGACUGUUUUCCAGUUGUACCAGUUGACACUGUAUGCAUGUUACUACAAUUCUCUGUCUAUUGUACAUGUCCUACAAAGAAAGGAAGUAACCACUCCACAUGUUUUCUUUAGGGGGAAGUUCUAUACACUAUGAUUUUUAACAGAUAUUUCUUUUAGAGCAGCAGCCACAUUCUAAUCAUUUUGUAGAAAAUGAAGGUUGAACAUCACUUGUAAGUUAUUUUGUAAACUCAGCUAAGGAAAUGCCUGCUCAGAGCCUGACACUGUUACCUUUACUUGAAGUCAUCCUAUCCAUUCCCCCAUUUCUGGGCAGGACUUCACUUUCUGAACUUUCUGUGUCCUCAGCUUCCCUGCUAUGGGCUGUAGCAUUCCAUUGGAUAAUGCUGCUGUUUUUAGUCCACUACCCAUUUGCCUCUUAAUUAUAAUAUAAUCAAUAAAAAUGCAAAGGAAAUUUUGGCAAAAGUAUUCUUUUCAGUAAGGCUUUCACUGGGGAUCCAUGACCAAUUUUUAGCUACUCAGUGUUUUUUGUAUCUGAAUUGCUUGUGUCCAUUUUUUUUUUCUUGUGUUGAAGUAACAAAAUGAAUUCAUUCUGAUAAUGGUGAUAGUUUCGCUGUGGCAAAAGCAAAGGACUUGUUGCCAGCUGUGCCCUUUGGAGGGAUUGGGAGUGGGCUGAGCACCACUGGGUUAAAUGGAAUGGACUGAGUUGGGAACCGAAGCAAUAGCGCUAUCCUGCAUGUUUCCUAGGCAAAGCUGUGUUGAAAGAAGGAAUGUUAAUCCUUAGCAGCAUUCUAAUUUAAUCUGGUGACAUUGAUGUCAAAAUAUGGCACUCAGAUCCACAUAAGGUGUAUAAACUGUAUUUGAAAUGUGUUUUUGUGUGUGUGUGUGUAGAAUGGGUAAAUAAAAUUGUUGAGUAACUUGAAUCUA